AACAAUAAAACAAAACAAGGAUGGAAAAAUCUAAGAAAUCAAAGACGGUAAAGAAAACGAAAGACAAUUCAAUCACAGUGAAGCUAACUAAGACUAAACAGAAGCAAAAGGAAGUCAACCGCGUGCUAAAACUUAAGCAUGAAAUAUUGCUCAAAUCGGAAGUUUCGUAUUUGGAAUAUAUAGAAAUGCGUUCAGAACUGGAAAGACUGAAUGCAUUAAAGGAGACAUUUACGCGCCGACUGGAAAAAUUAAAACAACAGGCCAAGUAGUUGAAAAAUAUUUUAUAACUGUAGUCUUG